UGCCGGCUAACUUGCGUCUCACCGUGCUGCUGCCCAGGCUAGGCUGGGCACUGCUGGAGGACCCGGGGUGGGGGUCCAUCCCGGCUGGACUCCGGAGGGAGGAGGCCGAGCUUAGCCCACAGGCCGUAGAGGCAGCUCGAAGCAGUGCUCGGAGCCCGCUCCAGUGCACGCUCCGGGAGCUGCCCGCUCAGCCACAGAGGCCCGCGCGCCUAGCUGUGCGCUGUGGCCGGACUCCGGGUUCGCUGGCUAGCACACCCCUCGCCGUUCCUCGCCUGGCUCACCCGCAGGGGCUGAGCGCGGGCGGGCGGGGGAGGUGAGGGGUACUGGUGUGCGUGCAUGUGCCUGGCUGGGUGUACACCCCGCACGGCGGCGGCGGCGCCAAGACGCGGAGCGCUCCCCAGAACCCGGCUGCCUCUCUCGGCUCUGGCGCCCGCGACCAUGUUCCAGCCUACAGCCAAGCGCGGCUUUACCAUCGAGUCCUUGGUGGCCAAGGACGGCGGCAGCAGCGGGGGCACUGGCGGCGGGGGUGCGGGCUCCCAUCCCUUGGCUGCGGCCGCCUCGGAGGAGCCUCUCCGGCCCACCGCACUCAAUUACCCUCACCCCGGCGCGGCUGAGGCGGCAUUCGUGAGCGGUUUCCCCGCUGCCGCCGCGGGCGCCGGCCGCUCGCUCUACGGCGGGCCCGAGCUCGUGUUCCCAGAGGCCAUGAACCAUCCCGCGCUGACCGUGCAUCCUGCGCACCAGCUGGGUGCCUCCCCGCUGCAACCCCCGCACUCCUUCUUCGGCGCCCAGCACCGGGACCCUCUGCACUUCUACCCCUGGGUCCUGCGGAACCGCUUCUUCGGCCACCGCUUCCAGGCGAGCGACGUGCCCCAGGACGGGCUGCUUCUGCACGGCCCCUUCGCGCGCAAGCCCAAGAGGAUCCGCACGGCCUUCUCUCCCUCGCAGCUGCUGCGACUGGAGCGCGCCUUUGAGAAGAACCACUACGUGGUGGGCGCCGAGCGGAAGCAGCUGGCCGGCAGCCUCAGCCUCUCGGAGACGCAGGUGAAGGUGUGGUUCCAGAACCGGAGGACAAAGUACAAGCGGCAGAAGCUGGAGGAAGAGGGGCCCGAAUCCGAGCAGAAGAAGAAGGGCUCCCACCACAUCAACCGGUGGCGCAUCGCCACCAAACAGGCCAAUGGGGAGGACAUCGAUGUCACCUCCAAUGACUAGGGUGGGCAGCCACCAACCCGUGAGGGCAGAGUGCUGCUCGCUGCUGGCCAGGCCCCCGGAUGGGCCCAGCUGGACUCUGGCCACUCUCCGGCCGGGCUGCGGGAGGCCUCCCGCCACAGCCCCAUAGGGCAUGGAGCCUGGGGCUACCACCGACAGAGGGACAAGAAAUGGCCUGGCUGAGGCCUAGGACUGCUCGACCUUCUCCUUGGAGAACUGCCUGCCUGCCUGGGCAGGCCGACAGCCAUUGCUGCCUCCCAGCCAUUCUCCAUUUCUCUUUUCUUUUUGUUUUGAUGCAUUUCUGUUUUAAUUUAUUUUCCAGGCACCCACUGUAGUUUUUAGUGAUUCCUUGUGUUUCCCUUCCCAGUGGGAACAAUAAAAGUCUCUUAAUGACA